UUUUGCAGUUUUGAUUUUUUUAUUAUUAUAUAAUUUCUGAUGUAAUAUUUCUCUGAUGCUCUAAGGGACGCUGUUGGUUUAGUGUGUUGGGGGUUUCAAAUACUUGUUUUAGAUCCUCCUCCAGUUUCUGACAUCAUACAGUCUGCAGAAUAUCUCUUUCAUUUGAGACCGUUGUUUGCUGGGUGUGCAAGCGCUUUGCUGUAUUUCCUGGACUAGUUUAAUGUUGUUUUGAGCUUUUAGGACCUAAUAUCUUCCUUUAUUAUUGAAACAGAUUAUUUAGAAAAUGUUUCUUUAUUAUUUCAUUAAAUCUCAAGGAAAUGCAUCGUCGGCACAAAUUGCAACUUGGCUAAUGAAGCAUCUGGUGCUGUGCGUCUUUGUUAUGUCCGUUGCGCACGGGCAGGUCCGUUAUUCUAUUCCAGAGGAGAUGACAAAGGGCUCGCUGGUUGGAAAUAUCGUUCAGGAUCUCGGUUUGGAUGUAAAGAGGCUAAAAUCUGGCCGAGCGCGGAUCUUUACGGAGGACAGUCGUGAGUACAUCGGUCUAAAUGUGGAUAAAGGGACUCUGGUAGUGAAAGAGAAAAUAGAUAGAGAGGAGCUGUGCGCGCAAGUGUCUCCCUGUUCCUUACAUUUUCAGAUCAUUCUAGAAAAUCCAAUGGAACUGCAUAGAAUUGAUGUUGAAAUAUUAGAUAUCAAUGACAAUUCUCCUCUGUUCUCAAAGAAAGAGAUUAAUUUUCAGUUUAGCGAAUCAGCUAUUCCUGGAGCUCGUUACUCUUUGGAAAGCGCUAAAGAUCCGGACGUAGGUCUAAAUUCGCUUCAGACAUAUAAACUAAAUCCUAGCGAUCAUUUCACAUUAAAAUCGUUGUCACGCCCUGAUGGUACUAAAUAUGUAGAGAUGGUGCUCCAAACGCCAUUAGACAGAGAAAAAGAAAGUGAGCAUAAAUUGGUUUUGACAGCGUAUGAUGGAGGCAGUCCUCCAAAAUCUGGUUCUAUUAAGAUAAAUAUUAUUGUUCUUGAUGCCAACGACAAUGCCCCGUCAUUCACCCAGUCUGUCUAUCGGGUUAAUCUGCCCGAAAACACUCCUUUGGGUUCCCUUGUAAUUACAGUUUCUGCCACAGAUGCAGACGAGGGAACAAACGGGGUGAUUGAAUAUUCUUUUUCUCAGAGCAGCCUCAGUGUUUCAAGUCUUUUCCGCAUUGACCCUUCUAACGGGGAGAUCAUAGUAAAAGGUGAUUUAGAUUUCGAGAUAUCCAAAUACCACGAGUUAGACAUAGAAGCAACAGACAAAGGUGGUUUAACAGAUACGUGUAAAGUGCUUGUUGAAAUGACAGAUGUAAAUGACAAUGCCCCUGUAAUUAGCUUGAUGUCAUUUUCUAACGCAAUACCCGAGGACGCAUCACCGGAGACUGUAAUAGCGAUGCUGAAUGUUAAAGACUUGGACACAGGAAGGAACGGGCAGAUUAAAUGUUCCAUUCCUCCACAUUUACCAUUCAAAAUUAAGUCAUCUGCCACAAAUUUCUAUAGUCUCACAACCGAUCAGUUAUUAGAUCGUGAAAAAAUCUCUGAAUAUAAUAUAACAAUAACAGCCACGGAUGAGGGAUCGCCCUCUUUCUCUACUAAUAAAACUUUAUAUUUUAAGAUCUCUGAUGUCAAUGACAACGCCCCUGUUUUUCAGCUUCAGUCAUACACCGCAUACGUGAAUGAAAAUAAUUCACCCGGAGUCUCUGUUUUAUCCGUUAAAGCGCAUGACAAAGAUUCUGGUAAUAAUGCGCGUAUUUCAUAUUUUCUAGAGGAUACUCUUGUAAGUGGCGUCUCUGCUUCAACGUAUAUUUCAGUAAAUGCAGAAAGUGGAGAAAUUAUUGCAGUUCGUUCUUUUGAUUAUGAGCAAACAAAAGAAUUUAACUUUCGCGUAAAAGCGCAAGACGGAGGAAACCCUCCUCUCAGCAGCAAUGUGAGUGUGAAAAUAAUCAUCCAGGACCAGAAUGACAACGCGCCUCAGGUUCUGUAUCCGGUCCAGUCCGGUGGUUCUGUGGUGGCUGAAAUAGUGCCUCGUUCGGCAGAUGUGGGUUAUCUGGUUACUAAAGUGGUCGCUGUUGAUGUGGACUCUGGACAGAAUGCAUGGCUCUCAUAUAAACUGCAGAAAGCCACAGACAGGGCGCUGUUUGAAGUGGGCUUACAGAAUGGAGAAAUAAGAACUGUACGUCAAGUGACAGAUAAAGAUGCUGUGAAACAAAGACUCACUGUUGUAGUGGAGGACAACGGGCAGCCCUCUCGUUCAGCUACAAUCAAUGUUAACGUGGCGGUGGCGGACAGCUUUCCUGAAGUGCUCUCGGAGUUCACCGACUUUACGCACGACAAGGAAUACAACGACAACCUGACUUUUUAUCUAGUCUUGGCUUUGGCUGUAGUUUCGUUUCUAUUUAUAGUUUCCAUCAUCGCCAUACUGUCAGUCAAAUGUUACAGAUGGAGACGCGAGCGGAUGUUUUACAAAUCUGGAGCGAAUCUUCCAGUUAUUCCGUAUUAUCCGCCUCUUUACGCAGACGUAGGUGACAGGAACUUUACAGCACGUGUACAAUUAUGAUGUUUGCAGAACCACUGACUCUAGAAAAAGUGAUCUGAAAUUCGUCAGACCUUACAGUGAGAGCAUCAUUAGUCUGGACACCAGUGGAACGCAGACACUUACACAGACAGAGAAUCGAAAAAAUGAUCCCAAUUCUUUCGAUCAU